AUGCACCGCCUAGGCGGCGUCGGACUUGCUGCCUUUGAACGGCAGAAGCAGCACGAACGCUCCUUCGCCGAGCUCUCAACAGAGAUCUCGCAGGGCCAGGUCGACGUGCUCCACGCCCAGCUCGCCCAAUUCCGCAGCGCGCUCGCGCAUUACGCCUCCACGCAUCGUGACUCUAUCCGCAACGACCCGCAGUUCCGCCAUGCCUUCCAACGCAUGUGCACAUCCAUCGGCGUCGACCCACUCGCAGGGCCGCGCAAGGGUGGCUGGUGGGCGGAAAUGCUCAACCUCGGCGACUGGCAGUACGAGCUCGGCGUCCAGAUCGUCGACGUCUGCGUCAGCACGCGCGAGCGCAACGGCGGGCUCAUAGAGAUGAGCGAGCUCGUGCGUCUUGUGAGCAAGCUCAGGGGCGUCGGCGGCGGCGUCAUCACCGAGGACGACGUCGUGCGUAGCAUCAAGACGCUGAAGCCGCUCGGGGCGGGGUACGAGGUUAUCGAUGUCGACGGCGGGAAGAAGAUGGUACGCAGCAUACCCAAGGAGCUCGAUGCUGACCAGGCGGUGGUGCUGGCGAUUGCUCAGGAAGAGGGCGGGCGAGUCUCCGAAGAUCUGCUGGUCAGGCGAAGAGGAUGGACCCGCGAACGUGCACGCGCGGAGCUGGAGAACAUGCUACUGCGGGAUGGCAUGUGCUGGCUAGACGAGCAAGAUGAGGAGUGGGGCGUCGCCUACUGGGUUCCGUCCGCUAUGCGUUGGGAUGAGUGACGAUUUGCGUAGACGUCUCCGUUGACUGUGCCAUGUACUACAUCUUUCUGGGGCGACGCUGUUGUAUUCAAUACCAGUUUGCCGAAUGAACGUUCGGCAGCCCGUCGUCUGAAUCGACUCACGACUAGCUCAGUCGCAGUCGCAUCGCACACCGCGCGCUUCUCCGUGCGGCGACUCACAUUGAAGGAAGGAGAUCUUCAUGUAUAAAAUACAUCUCAUUCGAUGAAAAUUGAAUCAGGGAGACAUUCGUUGAAUACAGGGACGAUAGCCUACCACCCUAAGUGGCAGUGCGUUUUCGCUGAA